UCUGAAAAUGUUGCACGAGGCUCUGAUGCUCGAGAUCUACAGACAGGCGCUCAAUGCCGGCGCCCUGCCCACAGCACGUCCACGUUCCACGGAAUCGGCGAAUUCCAGCGAGCGCUGCCCCUCGCACGAUUCCAAUUCCUCGGACAAUGGUGGCCAGCGGGACGCGGCGCAUUUGUCGGGUGGCGUGAUGCCCGUUGUGCCCACCACAAUGCAUUCAACAUUCCCAGCGGUGCCGCAAACGCUGCCCGCCCAGCCGUCCUCCAUGGAGGCCUACCUGCACAUGGUGGCCGCCGCCGCACAGCAGUACGGCUUCCCGCUGGCGGCAGCUGCUGCUGCGGGGCCACGGCUGCCGCUGCCGCUGCCAAGCGAGGCGGCUGCGCCGUUUAAGCUGCCGCCACAGGCCUCGCCCACCGCCUCCAGCAGCAACUCGGAGGCGCUGGACUUUCGCACCAAUCUGUAUGCGCGUGCCGAGUCUGCGGAGCCGGUGGCCUCCGAGGAGGAGGAGGAGUUCGACGAUGGCGGCAACAAUCCGCUUGAUCUCUCGGUGGGCACACGGAAGCGCACCCACGACAAGGAGAGCCCCAUUGGCCAGAUUCAGGUGAAGAAAAUGUUCAAGUCCGACAGUCCGCCGGCGAAUUCCUCACCGGCUGCAGCCACAGCGCCCCUCCUGCCCGGUGUCAAUCCCUAUUUGGCUGCAGUGGCGGCUGCCAACAUAUUUCGUGCGGGCCAGUUUCCCGACUGGAAUGGCAAGAAUGAUCUGGUAGUGGAUCCGCUCGAGAAGAUGUCGGAUAUUGUCAAGGGUGGCGGCGGCGGCGGCGGCACUUCGUCGCUGCACAAGGAAAAGCCACAGAACAAGGCGACAACACCCAACGCAGCCGCUGCACCACCGCCCAAAAGUCCCGCCAAUCAAACGGGCGCGGGCAACUCCAGCGGCAACUCCGCGGCAAAUAAUGCGUCGGUGGAGGGCGGCGCCGCCGGCGGCGGGGUGACAAAGGCGCGGCACAACAUCUGGCAAUCGCACUGGCAGAACAAGGGUGUGGCCAGCUCGGUGUUCAGAUGCGUGUGGUGCAAGCAGAGCUUCCCCACGCUCGAGGCGCUCACCACGCACAUGAAGGACAGCAAGCACUGCGGUGUCAACGUGCCGCCCUUUGGCAAUCUGCCCAGCAAUCAGCCCCACCACCAGCAUCAGCACCACCAACAGCAGCAGCAGCAGCACCAGCACCACCAGCAGCAACAGCGCAAACAGUCUGGCAACGCUGGCAAUCAGGCGCCCUCGGCGAACGUGAAGAACGCUUUCCAGUAUCGCGGCGAUCCGCCCACUCCGCUGCCCCGCAAGCUUGUGCGCGGCCAGAACGUGUGGCUGGGCAAGGGCGUGGAGCAGGCCAUGCAGAUACUCAAGUGCAUGCGCUGCGGCGAGAGCUUCCGGUCGCUGGGCGAGAUGACCAAGCACAUGCAGGAGACGCAGCACUAUACGAACAUCCUGUCACAGGAGCAGAGCAUCUCCAUCAAGUCGGGCAAUGCGAACGCGGAUCACAGCAAGGAUGGUGGCCAGAACAGCCUCAGCUCCGAGGAGUCGCGCACGCUCUCCGCCGUGCUCACGUGCAAGGUGUGCGACAAGGCCUUCAGCUCCUUGGGGGAUCUCAGUAAUCAUAUGGCCAAAAACAAUCACUACGCGGAGCCGCUGCUGCAGUCCGCCGGCGCACGCAAACGGCCGGCGCCUAAGAAGCGCGAGAAGUCGCUGCCCGUGCGCAAGCUGCUCGAGCUGAAGGCCAAUCCCGGCGAGGAGCAGCCGCCGCUAGAGAAGACCGGCGCCAGCAAGCCAGAGAAAUCGGAGGCCGCCCUCUUCGCCGAACGCAUGCGCCAGUAUAUAACAGGCGUCAAGUCGCCGGAGGAAAUAGCCAAAGCGGCCCAGCUGCUGGCCAAGAACAAGUCGCCCGAGCUGGAGCAGAAGAACGGCGCCAGCGGCACGGGCAAAGCAGCCGCGGCCGGCUCCUCCUCGGUGCUGAGCGCCAUCGAGCAGAUGUUUACCACCAGCUUCGACACGCCGCCGCGACACGCCAGCCUGCCGGCUAGCAGCCCCUCGAACUCGUCCACAAAGAACACCUCGCCGGUGGCCAGCAGCAUACUAAAGCGUCUGGGCAUCGAUGAGACCGUCGACUACAACAAGCCGUUGAUCGACACCAGCGAUCCCUACUAUCAGCAUUAUCGCUACACGAGCAGCGAGCGCAGCGGCAGCGAGUGCAGCGCCGAGGCGAGGCCACGCCUCGAGGCGCCCACGCCUGAGAAGCAGCUGCAGCAGCAGCAGCCGCCGGCGGCGGCGUCUGUGCAGGAGUUGCCCAUUAAACAGGAGCCGGAGUCUAGCCUCAAAAUGGAGAUCAAGUCUGAGCUGGGCGAGGAGCCGCAGGAUUUGGCUGCUGCUUCGCCCAAAACGGAGGUGGAGACGCCGCUGCUAAAUGGCAGCUACAACAACAACAACAGCAGCAGCAACAACAACAAUAACACAAAUAACAAUGGCAGCUCACCUAAAUCUUCAUCAGCCGCUGCCAGUCCGCAGGCGUCGCGCCUGCCGCUGCCGCCGCGCAGCCCAGCGGACAGCCAGCGCUCGGCCACGCCCAAAUCGCCAGCAUCCAGCCACAAAUCGUACGACGGUAGCGAUGGCAACAACAAGAAAUAUCCAAGUGAUUCCCUCAACGCGCUCAGCUCCAUGUUCGACUCUCUGGGCAGCAGCGGCGCCGGCAGCAGCAGCGGAGCUGCAAAUACGCGCGCCAAACUGGCAGCCGCUGCUUCGGCGGCGGCAGCGGCAGCGGGAGCUGGCGAGUCCGCGGCGCCGGAGAAUCUGAGCGCCAGCAAUUCGCUGGCUGCACUGCGUCAGUUCUGCGUGAAGAAAGAGAAGACCGCCUAAAAAGUGGGCACGCCAAGAAUUGCCACCGAAUAUUUUUCGUUGUUUCGAACAAAAGAUUUUUAUCAACCUUUUUGUUUGCCACGCUUGGCGCGCGCACGCGCUACUCCCCGCUCGCCGUGGGGCGUGGCGUGGCGGGGGGCAAAGUCAAGCGACUCUUCAUUCAGUACGAACCAGACCAUAUAUAAUAUAUAUUCUUAUAUAUGAUGUCAGAUCGAUCGAAAGGAUAUUUCGACAAAACGCAGCGCGUCGCGGCAGUUGGGCAGCCGUUUCUGUCUGCCGGGAAACACAAAUUUCGCCGCCCACUGGCACGCGCCACGCCCACAGGACAGCCAUGCAACUGGGCCGACUUUUUCAAGGAUCGUUUCCUCUGCGCCUCGUGACAUCCUUGAAAGACUUUGGCAUCUGUCAGCUGAACCGGGCGUUGUUUCUCUUUAACCUUGGGCUCAUUGCCCAGAAAUCAAUUGAAAUUUAGAAAAGAAAAAAAAAAAUACCAAAAAAAAAAAAAGAAAAAGAAAACAAUAAGAAAAAGGCCCUUCUCAGGGCUGCCAAACGCCUGGGCAAAGAGAAUGAAAUUGGAAAAAUGAAUCAUUGUGA